AUGGCCAGUAUUAGCACGCGGCCCAAGAAGACAAACAUCGUCCGCAGUCGCGGUGGCUGUCACACUUGUCGCCGCCGGCGUGUCAAGUGCGACCAAGCCCGGCCUGGCUGCGGUGCCUGCACCCGUCUCCAACUGGAAUGUGAGGGAUACAGCACCCGUCUGAGAUUCAACCAGCCUCCUCAAUCGGUGCCGAAUGUCGCUCAAACAGUCAAGUUUGCUGAAUGGGGCCCUAUCUACGUCCCCAGACCACCGGAAGACCAUGUCACACCGUCGACCACCGCAUCCUUGUCCUCAGGAGGCCCGGAGACGAUGCCAUUGACUUCCCCGCCGUCGUCCGCCACGCCCACGCCCUGGACGUUCUGUUCCGAUAUCCUGGAUGACUAUUCGUUUCCAGGUUCUAUGAGUUCUGCGCAGAGCGACGAAGGCGAGUCUCAGGGUCCCAGAACCGUCGCCUCCAUCUUUGAGUCGGCCUUGACAGCCACGAAUGAAUGGAUAAUCGAGGCACGACAAAGUGACGAUCAGCAUGCGCUACUAACCCCAUCCUCCGAAGCAUCUCUGCCUUCUUCAUUUGAAUCGGACAGUAAGACAUCUUUGGAUGGGUUUUAUUUCGAAUAUUGGAGGUCGACUGUCGUUGAAACCCUUCCCCCAGUAUUCCGCGAUAUCGUGGCGAAGCCACCACGAUUUCUUCCCCUCCGAAAUGCCGUGCUGGCCGUUUCGUGCGCACACCUUGCUCACUUCAAGUCACCUGCCGUCGGAGGUUAUCGAUCGCAGCAGCGCAUGCCGCUACUCACCACGAACGGGCCCCGGCACCACGGGUUGAGCUACUACAGCGACGCCGUGACACUCAUCACGCAGGAGACAUCCGCGUCGUCUUCAUCGAGCCAAGCACAAGAUAUACUCGCCACCCUCCUUCUGCUCCAUUUCUUUGAGCUGGAGCUCGGAUCAUUUUCCGGAGUGCUUGUGCACAUGGAGGGGAUGGACAAGCUGCUCCCGUCUAUCCGAGAGCCACUGAUCUCCUCGCCGGCAGGCAAGAGGCUGUUGUCCACGUGGCUUAGCUGUCGAUCGCUGGUAGUGAAUCGAAGACUUGCCCUGGCGAUUUCAGACAGGAGUCGAGAGACACCGGCCCUCUGGAGGCUGAGCACCGCAGAUAUCGUCGAUGACUGUCUGGGAGAUCUCCAGUCAGCCUCCGAUUCCAUGACCGUCCUCUUGUGCAAGGGUCUACACUUGGUGCGGACCAUCAUUCUCGACUUCGCCGUCUGUAGGAAUCGGGCUUACAAGCAGGGAGACCGACACCCGAUCUUUGACCCGAUGCUGGACCAUGUCUCUCUACCCUCGUCGAGAGCGCAGUCGUCUCCUUCCGAAUUGGCUGUGAUUGACGACGCCUAUCAGGCUUCAUUGCGGGAGCAAAGAAUUCGAUUGGACCACUGGCACUCGGGUUUAGACGACUUUGAGCUGCCCGUGGAGUCGUUUCUCUCCCAAUCCGGAGGCGACGCAAGGGAUCCUGCAGGUGGCCUGGUGGUGCAUCCCUUGAAGUUCCACACCCAGAGAUCUGCCAUGAACUAUGCUUACUACGUCGCCGCCCAACUCCUCUGUUCGAUGGAAUUCUGGCUGAGAGUAACAACCAAUACAUCUCAGUCCACCUCGUCUGGCGGCGGCGGCCCGCCUUCAAUGAGUCGCUGGGAAAUGCUCAUCCUACGCAUCGCAGCAGGGAUUUCCCCCUCGAAUUGCGCCCAUCAGUCGCCGCUUGCCAUCAGCAUGACCUCGCUUCUCACGUUCUGUGCUGGGUGGUGCCCCGACCUGCGAGUCGCUGACUGGGUCGACAAAAGGGUGCAGGAAGUUGAGCACCACGACCUGGCGCUCGAUAAUAACUUCCCCAAUACGGUGGUGAGAAGGCUUCUGCAGGAGAUUCUGGACGAGAAAAGGCAAGAUCGGGAUUUUUACUUGGUCAGUCUCUUGGAGCCAAAAGACCUGGAUCGAGACGACAUCUACUCCAAGGGAGAACACUUUUGGACUGCCAUGUGUGGCAAGGACCGUAAGACGGGCCAUUUGUGGAACCGGGCAUCGGUCCUUUCAUUUUGA